AUGUCGUCUGCAGCUACGGGGAACGCGAAGAUCAUUGACGGCACCGCCAUCGCAAAAUCCAUUCGCGAUGAUGUCUCUCAACGGAUUAAAUCACUGCAGUCCCAGCAUCCCCGUUUCCAUCCCCAGCUGGCAAUCGUUCAGGCGGGAGCCCGUCCGGACUCCUCUGUGUACGUCCGCAUGAAGGCGAAGGCUGCAGAGGAAGUCGGUAUCAAGUUCAAGCAUAUCCCGCUCUCCGCCGAAGCAGACGUCGAUGAUGUUGUCGAUGUCGUGAAGCAGCUGAACGAUGACAUUACAGUCAGCGGAAUUCUCGUGCAGUUACCUCUCGGUGGUCAUGUGGGCCCGGAGGGCGAACGGACCGUUACCGAAGCCGUUAGUCCUGAGAAAGAUGUCGACGGCUUUCAUGCGUACAACAUUGGUCACCUGUCUUCUCGUGCAUCUGAGCCACUCUUUACUCCCUGUACCCCGGCAGGCGUCGUUCGUCUUCUGGAAUCUACUGGCGUACCCAUUGCUGGAUCGCGAGCUGUAGUACUCGGUCGUAGUGACAUUGUCGGCAGCCCUGUCGCUGCAAUAUUGAGGAACCGUGAUGCAACCGUGACCCAGUGCCAUAGCCGUACCAAGAAUCUCCCAGAAAUCGUCAAGGAGGGUGAUAUCGUGAUAUCGGCUAUUGGCCAGCCUGAGUUCGUGCAAGGGUCAUGGCUCAAGCCCGGCGCGGUGGUCAUUGAUGUCGGUACCAACUAUAUUCCUGAUGCUACCAAGAAGUCCGGCCGGCGCCUCGUGGGUGACGUUCACUUCAGCUCAGCCUCUUCCGUCGCGUCCUACAUCACUCCAGUGCCAGGCGGCGUAGGGCCGAUGACCGUCGCAAUGCUGAUGUCGAACACGCUCAAGUCCGCGGAGCGCAUGUGGGAGCGGAUGCACGGCGUCCACCUGAAGCCGCUCAAGCUCGACAUCAAGGAGAAGGUGCCCAGCGAUAUCGAAAUCGCGAUGGCACAGACGCCCAAGCCCGUCGUGCAUCUCGCGCGCGAGAUCGGGCUCGUGCCAGAUGAGCUGGAAAGCUAUGGUAAAUACAAGGCGAAGGUCGAGUUGAGUGUUUUGGAGCGCCUCGCGCAUCGCAAGGACGGCAAAUAUAUUGUCAUCUCGGGUAUCACACCUACGCCUCUGGGUGAGGGCAAGUCCACUACUACCAUCGGUCUUGCGCAGGCCCUGGGUGCGCACCUCGGCCGUCCUGCAUUUGCUUGUGUUAGGCAACCGAGCCAAGGACCGACGUUCGGUAUCAAAGGUGGUGCUGCUGGCGGAGGUUACAGCCAGGUCAUCCCCAUGGACGAGUUCAACUUGCAUUUGACCGGUGAUAUCCAUGCUGUUACGGCUGCCAACAACUUGCUAGCCGCUGCUCUUGAUGCCCGUAUGUUCCACGAAUCCACCCAGUCCGAUAAGGCUCUCUACAGUCGUCUUGUACCCAGCAAGAAGGGCAAGCGCGAGUUCGCGCCGCUCAUGCUCAAGCGCUUGAAGAAGCUGGGUAUCGACAAGACCAACCCGAACGACCUCACGCCCGAGGAGAUCACCCGCUUUUCGCGCCUCGACGUCGACCCUGAUACGAUCACGUGGAACCGCGUUAUCGACGUGAACGACCGCUUCCUGCGCAAGAUCACCAUCGGCCAGGGGGAGAGCGAGCGGGGCCACGAGCGCGUCACGGGCUUCGAUAUUUCGGUGGCGAGCGAGUGCAUGGCCGUGCUUGCGCUGACGACCGGGCUCUCGGACAUGCGCGAGCGGCUCGGCGAGAUGGUCGUCGCGACCAGCAAGCAGGGCGAUCCGAUCACUGCUGACGACAUUGGCGUCGGAGGGGCUCUUGCCGUUCUCAUGAAGGACGCAAUCAAGCCGAACUUGAUGCAGACGCUGGAGGGCACACCGGUCUUCGUGCACGCCGGCCCCUUCGCUAACAUCGCCCACGGAAACUCCUCCAUCCUGGCUGACCGUGUUGCUCUCAAGCUCGCCGGCACCGAGGAAGGCGACUCCCCAGAUCGCGUCGGAUAUGUGCUCACAGAGGGUGGCUUCGGCGCGGACAUGGGCAUGGAGAAAUUCUGCAACAUCAAGUGCCGUGUUAGCGGGCUCACCCCCAACGCCGUUGUCAUCGUCGCUACCACGCGUGCCCUCAAGAUGCAUGGUGGCGGCCCAGAUGUCACCCCCGGUAAGCCGCUGCACGAGACGUACACGAAGGAGGACCUCGUCACGCUCAAGGAGGGCUGCAAGAACUUGGUGAAGCACAUCGAGAACUCGCGGAAGUUCGGCCUGAAGGUCAUCGUUGCCAUUAAUCAGUUCUCGUCUGAUACGCCUGCCGAACUCGAGCUUGUGCGCCUGGAAUCGCUGGCAGGCGGUGCCGAUGCUGCUGUCGUGAGCAACCACUGGGCUGAGGGUGGUGCCGGAGCCAAAGCCCUCGCUGAAGCUGUAAUUGCUGCGUGCGAAGGACCCUCAAACUUCAAGUUCUUGUACGACCUCAACCUCCCGAUCGAGGAGAAAAUCACCAUCAUUUGCCGAGAUAUUUAUGGCGCGGACGGUAUCGAACUCAGCGAGCAGGCCCGUAAGCAGAUCGAGACGUACACUCGUCAAGGCUAUAGUCACCUUCCGAUCUGCAUGGCUAAGACGCAGUACUCGUUCUCUCACGACCCGAAGCUCAAGGGAGUACCUACAGGCUUUACCGUACCCAUCCGUGCGAUCCGCCUCUCCGCGGGCGCCGGAUUCCUAUACCCUAUCCUCGGUGACAUGCAGACGAUGCCUGGCCUGGGAACUCGUCCAGGAUUCUGGGAGGUCGGACUCGAUCCGGUGACGGGCAGAGUCGUCGGCCUGUUCUAG